AUGUUGAGAGCAUUGAGCAUAUGUAGAAACCCUAGGGGGUAUGAGAGGUUAGUUGAAGAGCCUGUUAACAUAGGUCUAUUGGAUGGAAAGUUGAAGAGGGCUAAAAGCUUACCAGCUGGGGUUUUUGGUUCAUCAAAGUCACGUAAGUUAGAACCAGAACUGGCCCGUCAAAAAAUUUCGCCAGCGAAGCCUAGCAGCAGAAAGGUUAGCAAGAGUCAUCCACUGUUUAGUCUCUUUUAUAAUCGUAGAAAGAAGAAACCUACAGCUAGGCCAGAAUUUGCCAGGUACUUGCAGUAUGUGAAGGAAGGAGGGAUUUGGCAAUGA